GAUUUUUUCCUGCUGGAUCCCCUUGCUUUUUGAUCCUGGGCAUGACCUCAGCUUCGGUGGUCACGUCGAGCGAUGUGAUCCAGUGCCUGCUGCCGGCCACGUUUGAGACUGCCAUCGCUGCUGUGCGGCAGGCGCUGCCGGAGGAACGUUGGGACAAUGUGCUGCUGUCAUGUGGAGUUCACCAGGUAGAACCAGGCAAGGCCUUGGACAACUCCACGUAUGCGCUCGUCAGCUAUGAUGCCCUCGGCACCUCUGCCGUCUCCAUCGCGAAAACUGAGCAUUGUGGGAUCACCAUGCAGCAACUGCUACAGAUCGAGAAGUUCAUCCAGAAGCAUGUCCGUUUUUGGGUGGAAGCGUUUCGACAGAGCCCCAGCUUCGGUUUGCCAUUGGAGUUCGAGAAAUUCAACCUGCACCAUGCGUGUCACUGGAUCAUUUCGCCUGCCACGCGCAAGCUCUGCUGCAGCCUGGUGGAGCUAGUGGCAACGGAUGCUGACGCACAGUAUCCAUGGUGGUUUGUGAGCCACGCAUGGCAGGAAGCCAUCUUCAAAUUCGUGGCUUGUCUUCGGCAGCAUGCCGCGCUGCGAAAUGUGGCGGAUGGCGCGUACUGGGUGUGCGCCUACGCAAAUAAUCAGCACAGGCUCAAGGAAGAAAUCUGUGCAAAUCCCCGCUCAACUUCAUUUUAUCGCGCGAUGCAAUUAUCCAUAGGCAUCGUACUGAUCUUGGAUGAGAAAGCGACGCCUUUCACAAGGAUUUGGUGCUGUUUUGAGGAAAGCAUCGCCGUGGAAGAACGCAAUGCUGGGAUGCCCCUGCUCCUGGAUGUGGCUGCGACUGAUCCUGCCAACGAGGCGCACGUGCUGACUGAUGGCUUGGCGGCCGCAGAGGCGUCCCGGAUGCCGCUGCUUGGUUUUCUAGCCAAGUCUGUGCGAGAAGCGGCCUUCCCCACACCACUGGUGCAGAAGGGCUUGGACGUUGACAUCGCGCAAGCCGAUGCCAGCCUAGCGUCAGACAAGACCGCCAUCCUGAAUUCCAUCAGGUUGCCACGCGCAAGGACCAAGGUACUCUCUGACUCCGCACCAUUGGAAGAUCCAAAUUAUACGGCUGUGAACCAGGCGUUGGCGGCGCACUUUGCACUGGCGUCGUGGUUCGGCUUCGUGGCGAAACGCCAUUCGUUCGACUCCAAGGUUUUAGAGCGACUCCUGAGCGCCCUGGCGGCAGACAGCUUUCGGAGAGUGGUGCAGCUGUCCUUCACGGGCUGCCGUGGCUUCACAGAUGCGGAGCUGAGCCAGCUGCUGCGGCACCUUCCCAGGCAGCUGCUGCUGCUUCGUUUGGAUAUGGGCUUCAGUGGAGUCCAAUGCUGGGCUUUCCCAGAGGUCGAGGAGAUGGAGAUGCCUCCACUGCAGGAACUCAGCCUGCGCUUCACGGGCUCCCACCUGGCGAACGCUUCGGGCUUGGGGCAGAUGCUCGGUGCCGAGCCGAUGUCGCAGUCACUGCGCUCUGUGCAGCUCUGGUUUUCCAAUUUGCCGUCCUUGGUGGAGCUGGGCUCAUGGGAGCCUCUCACGAAGCUGAAACUGGAAGAAUUGGUGUUGCAGCUGAACGCUUGCGAGGCCGUCACUGACGAAGCCAAGCAAUCCUUGUAUGAUUGCGUCCAACGUCUGAAACGUCGUCAGAGAGGAUUGGAACUGCGAUUGACGAUCGAGGGUGUGGCUGAGCGAUCAUGGCCCUGGGUGCCAUGUCAGAGGCCAGCUGUCAAGGAUGUGGAGUUGGCAGGCGGCAAGAGUGUGGACGAGUUGGAGAAUUUUGGAAGUGAGACUCUACCGUUCCCAUGUAGCUACGGCGGCUGCGACAUCUUCCAUUCGAACUUGAGUGGCUUUUGCCCCAAGCACCGCAUGUGGCGGCAUUGUUGGAAGUUGGGGCGCGUUUGGCAGACAGCUUGGUGCUGGACCGAGCUCAGCUUGCUCUUCGCGAUCCAGGCCGCAGCCGAGAUCGAGCAUCGCGCCACGCUGGUGGCCAUCCUGCUCUCGUUGUAUCCGGUGUUCUGCUUGUCAUUGGAGGAGUCUGUGGGAAUUCCAUGGGCCAUCACUUGCGCAUUGCUCUUGGUCGCGGUGAUUUGCAGCUUGGUAACUACCAGCGUGCGCUUUGACAACAUGCGAGAACAGAUUCUAAAGCAAUCAGUGGCAACAGAAGCAAGCUACUCUCAGGUGUUGCAGUUGCCAGAUUCUGGCAACAUGCUUCGAGUUCCUACCAUGGCGGGCUGCAGCUACCCAGAUUCAAGCGUUUUGCAUCAACGAAGCACCGACUUGAGUAGGAUUUACAGGGAUGCGCAAAGCCGCCUUCCUCUCUUUCAGAGAGCCAUGAAGUUGGUGCUUCCCAAUGCAACUGUGAAGAUCAAACUCUUGACGCAUUUGAGCAACGAAGAGCAGCAAAGCCCAGAGAAAGUGUUGGAUGCCCUGCGAUGUGAACUGGUGUGCGAAGACAUGCUGGGAGUGCAGGAGGCGUUCAAGGGCUUGGAGGACAGAAUCCAGAGCGAAGACUUGGCCUCCCUGCAAAUCGCUGCAGUUCAGGAUACCUUUGCGGAGAUGAGCGGCCACAAGUGCUGCCAGGUGAUCCUGCAGAUGGAGAAUUAUUUUGCCUCGGUUUUUCUCAUGGAUGCGUUCCUCACGAGGAUGGACAAUGAGCUGAGCAGCGUGACAAAGUUGGCUGCGCAGUUUGGGUUGCUAGAUGACAUGAAAUCCAAGUGGGAGACUUCAUCAAGGCUUUGGAAUUCCGUGUCUGACGUUCGCAGACCUUUGGUCCUUGUAGGGACCAUUUUCUUGCAAGUUCUGGCUUUGGCCAUGUCGAUGUUCAUGGCGCUUCAAUAUUUCCUACGCUAUGCUCACAGGAUCCGGCCCCAAUUGCCUGACUUGGUUUUGGAUGGCUUGCUGCUGGACAGAGGAGAGGAGUCCGGUGAGACUAUCCUGGAGGCCAUAUUUUUGGCACUGCCCUACCUCGUUUUGGUGGCCGUUUUCCUGCAGCAGUUGGUGUGUCGGAAGCAAAGCAGGAAAAGGCCUCAACCGACGAAGAUCCUGUACGAGCGAUAUUUUGGGCUGCGCGGAGUUUACUACCCCGUCAAGGUGGCGAUUUUGCAAGGUCUCACCGUCAUGGUGCAAGCCUUUGGAAAAAUCUCCUUGUUGGGGGGCCUCGUCACCUUUGCCCAAGAAGAGCAGGACGCGACUGCCAUUCUUUGGCUUAGUGUUGGCUUCUGGGCUUUCUUUGCUCUGCUGUGUUGGAACAGUCUCUAUCCCGCCUUUCUUCUUAUGUUCCCUGACACUGCCUGGGCUCGAAUUGGAGCAGCAUUUACGGAUGCUGCUCUGGACCUUGGCUACAUCUUGACCUACCUGGGUAUGGUCUUGGUGGCCAUGCUGCGAUUGCGGACAGCCUCCGAAGGUUGGGGAAAUUUUGGCGAGGACUUGACGUUGCAAUUCAGCAAUCGCAUCAGCCCCGUGUUCGCUUUUCCCACCGACCUAUUGGGCUAUUGCGCCGUGUAUUUCAACUUGGCGCAUGCAUGCUGCAUUGCACACAUUUUGCAGCACACUACUUGGCGUUUGCCAGUGCGACCCAGGGGCGAGCGCCAAAAGUCUCGAUGCCUUCCAAGACUAUUUGGGUGCUCCCUUUCCAUUGGGCUUCUGUCGAUGCUGAUGACGCUCCUUGUGACGCAGGAAGUCUUCCCAAUGACCCAUGGACGGGAUUUCACGUGUUUCCCGUGCAAUUGCGCUAAAAAUGUUGGCUCGGCCGGCCAACAGAUUAGCAGCUGCAACCUUGCAGUCGUCCUCAGACAGACGCAGGUGAACCUCGCUGCGAAGAACAUCACUGCCGUGGACCCAAAGGCUUUCAGCAAACUCGGACAUGUGCAGCGCCUGUCAUUGGCGAACAACAGCUUGAUCCAUCUGCCUCCGGGCCUUUUCGAAGGUCUAUCAUCAUUGGAGCAGUUGGACUUGACACGAGUUAAGCUGGAAACAAUGCACGGAGAUUCUCUUCGGGGCUUAAAGCACCUGAAACUAUUAGCGAUGAGCGAGAACCAGCUCACCGAGCUCUCGGCCGCAAUGCUCCGACACCUGCCGCUGUUGGAGCAGCUGCUCCUGGGCGGCAAAAGAUCCGAGGACGGGACCCGCCUCAUCUCGGCGGGCAAUUUCAUCACGGAGCUCGGGGCCAUCUUCGGACACAACGAACAGCUGCAGGUGAUCGACUUCAGCAGCAACUGGCUAAGGAAGAUCCACCCGGGCACCUUUGCAGGACUAAAGAAGCUCCGAUGGCUCAGCUUAGGGUUGAACUUCUUGACGACAAUUCCUGCGGGAGCAUUCCAAGGACUUGAGCAACUGCAGACACUCUAUCUGGCCGGCAACCAGUUGACGACAAUUCCUGCGGAAACAUUCCAAGGACUUGAGCAACUGCAGGAACUCAAUCUGAACAACAACCAGUUGACGACAAUUCCUGCAAGAACAUUCCAAGGACUUGGUCAACUGCAGACACUCGAUCUGCGCGGCAACGAGUUGACAACAAUUCCUGCGGGCACAUUCCAAGGACUUGGUCAACUGCAAACACUCGAUCUGGGGGUCAACUGGUUGAAGACAAUUCCUGCGGGAACAUUCCAAGGACUUGAGCAACUGCAGACACUCUAUCUGGCCGGCAACCAGUUGACGACAAUUCCUGCGGAAACAUUCCAAGGACUUGAGCAACUGCAGGAACUCUAUCUGAACGACAACCAGUUGACGACAAUUCCUGCGGGAACAUUCCAAGGACUUGAGCAACUAGAGAUACUCUCUCUGGAGUACAACCAGUUGACGACAAUUCCUGCGGGAAUUUUCCAAGGACUUGAGCAACUGCAGAAACUCGUUCUGUACCGCAACCAGUUGACGACAAUGCCUGCGGGAACAUUCCAAGGACUUGAGCAACUGCAGACACUCGAUCUGAGCAGCAACAGGUUGACGACAAUGCCUGCGGGAACAUUCCAAGGACUUGAGCAACUGCAGACACUCGAUCUGUACGGCAACCCUUGGAAUUCGUCGAGUGUUUGCAUUAAUUCUUCCUCGCUUCCGUUGCUGAAUGAUUUGUGGGGCGUAAGCUUUUGCUAAAAUGUUUAGGGACGGGGCGCUUGAAGUGCAUCUGGCCCUUAUGCAAUCGCAGUUUUGGAAGCGCCACGGCAAGCGCAGAAAAGAA